AUGGCAUGGUGGUUGCAACAAAAGAAGGUGGUGUUAGUGGUGAAAGGUGGUGGCGGUGGUGGAAGGCGGUGGGCAAUGGUGAAAGUCGGUAGUGGUGAAAAGCGGAGUUUUGGAGUGGUCAAAACUUGUUGGUUUUACAUUGUGACAUGUUUCAAUGGAGUUACUACUGGUAUUGAUAUGGGUGAUUUUAAUCACUUUGGCUGGUCACCAUUCAAUCCCAUCAAGGAUGCUAGAUCUCUCUUUUAUACUUUGGGCGAAAAGAGGAGGCUCAUAGAAUGGGGUAAGUAUAAAUAUGAUAAAAUCGAUACCCCUCCAAGGCAAUAUAGAACGAACUACCCAGUUUUUAUGACCAUUGAUGAAUACAUGGAGUGGCUAAGUACUGCCACGAGUGACAGUGAGAAGGAUCGGAUCUAUGGCUAUGUUAAAUCACAUAGAAUUUAUGUUGUUGAAAGAUCUAAACCAGAGAAACUGCUUAAGAGCCCAGUCAAGGAUAGUAGCUGGAAAGCUCCUCCAUUAGGGUGUGUUAAAAUUAAUGUUGAUGGAGCAUUCAGAAAAGUGCAAGUCCAGGGUAAAGAUGAAGAAGGAGAAGGAGCUUGGGGUGCAGUGUAUAGAGAUCAUGAGGGAAAUGUUUUAGAGGUACUUUGUGACGCAAUAGAUAAUGCAACCACGGCAUACCAAUGUGAGGUCCGAGCCUUUUUGGAAGGUCUUAAAGGUGCACAUAAAUUUGGUUUCAAGUCUAUUUUUAUAGAAAGUGAUUGUCAGAAUCUCAAUGCUGUGCUGGACAAGGAAAUCGAUGAUAAAAGCGAAUUUGCAGAGAUCUACAGUGAGAUUAAAACAGAGUACGAGGGCUUCGAUUUCAAGGACAAAGGGCACAUCUUCAGGGAAGCUAACACAUUAGCCCAUCGUGUUGGUCACGGCAGGAUUAAUGGCGUAAUACUUCAUCAGGAUGUCAUUAAGUACCUUGCAAAACAAGAUGUGUCUUUGGUGUCCUUCCGUUUUGCGCCUGUUAUUGCCAAGCCCAAUUAGUGGAGAUUCCAGUUCUUCCUGUAUUUCAGUAGUGAAGUUAAUUGAUCUUAGGCACUUAUCCUUUUGUUUGAUUUCGACACUCAAGAAAGAGAUCCCUAUUGUUGCCAGUCUUACAUUAAGGGGAACAAAUAAAGAGAAGAAAAAGAGAGAGAAAGACCCUUUUUAACAAGGAUGUUCUAUGAACAAAAAUGAUAAUUGAAGGUGUCAAUCUGUGUAUUUGGAUCCUAUGAACAAAAGAUGAUAAUUGAAUGUGUGUUUGGGAUCGUAUGAAAAGAUGUCGAUUUUGAGUAGUGUUGGUAGUUCAUCAUCGGCAGAUCUUGCUGGAUCAACACCAUCACCUGUGGUUGGAUUAAUGAAGCGAGCACGGUGCUUUGUAAGUAGUUUUUUAAACCCCAUCCGAGCGAGCUCCGACGGUGAUCUGUGAUACAGAUCACCCUGCUUCUGAUUGGAACAUCUGUGUCACAAGAUCAGACCGUUGGAGAAAGCAAGCAAUAUUUGAAAACUGAAAGCAAGCAAUAUUGGAAAACUGUGAUAUUUGUUACGUGGCAAUCCGUAUAUAGAGCAGGCUGGAUUUUUUUUUGUAAAUGGGUUAAAUAGCAUUACUCCAAAAUUAAAUAUUGAAAAUCAAGUGAAAUGAAAAUUGUAAAUUAUUAUUUUUUUAAUUUUAUAUAUUCAACAUUUAGGCUUUUGUUUGGAUGUAAAAUAUUUUUUAAAAAUUAUUAUUUUAUUUUUAUUUUUUGGUGUUUGAUUG